UGUGGUUGAGACAUUUAUUAGCAUGUAUCUAAUGUAUACAAAGUUUAAUUCACUGUAGAUCAAUAAUUAAUUAAUAGUCAGUAAAUAUGCGAUUUUUACACUUGGUAUUCAACAUCCAUUUUGUACAUGGUAAAUCUUUAUUUCUAGGUAACUAUCAUAUCCAGUUUUCUAAAAAAUAGCUGUACAUUCAUAUUAUAGUGUAUGAAUUGAUAUUAAUACAAAGCCAAUUAAUUAGGGCUCAGUGUGCAUAGGAAUUACUUGGACACAGAAAAGGCUGCUGUUCCUAAAUUGAAACCAGUAGGCUGAUGGUGUUACUACGUUUCUUGCUUUUCUUGCUUGGAAAGCUUCAACCCAUGUUUGAGUACCUGUUUUAAUUGACAGGGGUUGAUCAUUAUAUCUUGGCGUGUUUCAGGAUGUGUCACCCAAAUUUCUUUAGAUGCCCAAGUAUUAGAAUAGUGGUUCUGAACUAUGACUACCUCUUAGGGGCACUUACAGAAGUGGGUUGGUUAUAAAUGCUAAGCUUUGGAGUUUUUGACUUAAUUAUACUUACACAAGCCCUUUGCAAAGAAGCACAGGUGUUCUUGUUUAGUUCUUGUUUCUUUGACACAAACUAGAGUCACCUGGGAAGAGAGAAUCUCAAUUGAGAAAGUGCCUCCAGAUUGGUCUGUUGAGCAUGCCAAUAUAGCAUUUUCUUAAUUUAUAGCUGACAUGUAAGGGUUCAACCCUCUGUCUAGCUUGCCACUUUAGGCAAGUGGGUAGCUCUGGGUUGAUUAAGAGAGCAGACCCAGAAAUCUGUGAGUAGGAAGCCAGUAAGCAGCAUUAUUCUAUUGCCUCCAGGUUGUUGAUUGACUUACUGUCCUGGCUUUCCUCAAUGACAGAGAGUUAAAGACAUGGAAUUAUAAGCCAAAUAAACCUGCUUUUUCUGUUCAAGUUGGUUUGGUUUAGUCAAUGUUUUGUCACAGAAACAGAAGGUACAUAAAGGCACCUGAUUAUUCUAUAGUGUGUUUAUGAUAGGAAACUACUAAAUGGAGGAUUUUGGAACAAAUGCAAUAUUUUGUUUACGGUACAUUAAAAGAAGUUUCUAGUAGAUUAUAUGACCACAAAUAUAUUUAGUUACUAGUUAUCUCUAAGAACAGCACUGAAUAAGGUUAGGAUGGGAUGACACAAUUUUGUUCGAAGGUUUCAGCUAUCAAUCUUCUUCUAAGAUAUGAUAUUGCUGUGUCCAUCUUAAAUGAUGACUUCCCAAUUUCUCCUGAUAGAACACACAGUGAGUCACUAGCUUUUAAAAUGAACCAUAGUCCUGUGUGGACAUACACCCGUUUUUAAAAAUUCAUCAUCUGUAUCAACAUUUAUGGAAGUGCAUCAAAAUACUCUGAAUAGUAGAUGACAUCAAUAAUAACAUGAAGAUCAUCCGUAUUGAAUUCAUGGUGGGGAAAUGAACAGAUGAUGAAAAGUGAUUGGGAAGUGCAGUCAGUGAUGGCUUCCUGGAAGUACUGGUUUGUUCUAGAUUCAGAAGAAUUGAAAUUCAACAACUGGGGCUCUGUGCAAAUCAAUGUUAUCCAAAACAUGUGUAUAAGUCCCAACCAUCAGUGAAGACAUUGGUGAGCUCAUUUUAAAGUAGUGUUUCUUUUAGACUCCAUGGAAGACUGCAUUGAGAGCCUAGGAGAUGGGUGGGAUUAUUUCAUACUCAAGGGUCGGGCAGUGUUUCAUGAGUGACAGGUUUCUGCUCUUGAGGUGCUGAGGGACUUGAAUGACUUUAUUGUAAUCCAUGAGAUACUGUUGAUGUGAGCAGCAAAAGAACAAAACAUUUUCUCGAACGUCCAGGGAUGGAAUUUACAAAAUGAAGGAAAGUUAGGAUAUUUCAGACGCGAGAAUAGGCAACUAAGUCAAAUCAUCAAGAUAGUAGAAAAGGGGUCAGUGAGGAAACAGGAACAAAAGAUCUUAGCCAGAUUCACAAUGAACUUGGGUUCUGAUAUCCAUCCCCCAGGUAACAAGUUUCCCAGCCAGUGGACUACGUUUGUAAUUGAAACAGUAUCAGAGCUGUUAAUAGCUGACCUCAGUUACACACUUGAUUGAGUUAACAGAACCCCCUUCUGCAAUAAGAUGGAAGGAUAUAAACUAGUCAUUAGAAGUCACCAAGAGCAGGGGUAAAGCUUGCACAAAAUCCCUUCUUUUAAGGCCGGGACCUUACCUUACAGUGCAUCUGCAGGCUCCCCAAGAACAGCAAGUAGCUUCCCUGUGGCUACUUAACUGCACAGGUGAUUAACUUAAUGCAGGAUUUUGACGACUGAGGCUGUUUUGUUUGUUUUGUUUUAUUGUCCUUAACAUUUUUAGAUAUAUAUUUGAAUGUCAAGACUGUCUGUUUUCUAACAGUAUAUCAAAAUUCUUUCUGCAUUUUGAUUGCCUUAAAAACACCAGAGACCGAAAGGGGGGGGGGGGGAGCAACCCACUGUUUAAAGGUAAUUAGCACGUUCUCCGCUUUUUAUAACUUUAUAAUUGAAAUCUCAUUAAAAGCUUUCUAGGUCUUCUUUUCCCUAAGUGACUAGGUGUCCCUAAUUUGUUCUUAGCCAAUGUGACUAAUUCCAGACGACGCCUAGAAAAAAGUCCGGUACCUGUUGGGGGAUAGCAAGGUUAAAUAAGUGGGGUGGCUUUUUAGGUUGUUUUUAUAACCUACGGGGAAAAACAAAAACAUCCAAAAAAAAAAAAAAAACCGUCAAGGCAGGUGGGGGACUUCACUGCCUUCUCUUUGAGUCCUGCCUUUCUCAGUCCGGGUGAAGAUUCCCAGGGAAUUGAGAGCGCGGUUUUGUUUCUCCCUUGUAUUGCAGAUAGGGGGAGGAGGUGGUUAUUAGAAGCUCUUCCUCUCUCGGUUCCCCUCUCCGCCUGACAGCACCGCUCUCUUGCGGACUCGCUUCUCCUAGGUGAUCCAUUUCUAGGCAACGUGGGGCUGCAGCGGAGCUUGCCAGGCUGCUGUUGGCUUCCCGCAUCCCGCCAGGCGAGCGGCUCGGGAGCAUCCUGCAGCCGCGGCUCCGCGCGCCGGCCUGGCCCGCUGCUCGCUCCCGCCGGACUCCCCCGCCACCGCGCCCGCCGCGCCAGCUCCGGGGCCCGUCUCGCGCCGAAGGGGAGUAUUCUCUGCAUUACUAGCUGCAUUACCUUCAAGUUCACUUUUGCCACCCCUCCCGAAGCGGACCUCCCCCUCCCCGCUGGAAUCUGGCGACUCCGAUCGCAUCUUCAUCCUCGCUGGUGGCACUGAGAGCUGGCCGCGAGGCGCCACGACCGCGCACGGCCCCGGGUGGAGGGGCUCGGCGGCGGGGGAGGGCGCGGGCACAUCCGGCGCGGGGGUGCCCAAGUUGCGGCGGAGCUGGGACCCGCCACCGCGGCCCCCGUGCGGCCACGGCCACCGUCUGAGCGCCAGCCUCGCCCCCCGUCCGAGAGCAGCCAAGGCUGGAUACAUUUUUUAAAAAGCCCAACUGCAAACAACUCUGGCAAUGCCAAAAUUCCCCUCCGAGUGACAGGGCUUGGGAGGAGGCUGCCUCUGGCUGUGCUAGCUCUCGGGUCGCCCGUGCCUCUUCUGUGACCAGAAAAGAUUGUGCUGUAAAGAGGGAUUUGGAAAUUAGGGGGAAAGCUGCACUCAACUCUAUCCUGACCUCAAACUCUGUGGACCGCUUAAGAGAAUAUCUACGUCUUGGAAGCAAAGUCGUGGUCAAGGAGGAUCGGCAUCGGAGGAUGGAAGUUUUCCCCUUGCUCUUGUUUCUGUCCUUCUGUUGGUCUCGAACCUGGGACCUGGCGACCGCUGAUUCUAUCAUCCACAUCGGAGCAAUUUUUGAUGAAUCUGCUAAAAAAGAUGAUGAAGUAUUCCGCACAGCAGUUGGUGACCUCAACCAGAAUGAGGAAAUCUUACAGACUGAGAAAAUCACAUUUUCUGUGACGUUUGUUGAUGGCAACAACCCUUUUCAAGCUGUUCAAGAAGCAUGUGAACUUAUGAACCAGGGCAUCUUGGCCUUGGUCAGCUCCAUUGGUUGCACAUCAGCUGGGUCCCUCCAGUCUUUGGCAGAUGCCAUGCAUAUCCCCCACCUCUUCAUUCAGCGCUCAACAGCUGGGACCCCAAGAAGUGGCUGUGGCCUCACCCGGAGCAACAGAAAUGAUGACUAUACUCUUUCAGUUCGUCCACCUGUCUACUUGAAUGAAGUCAUCCUAAGAGUAGUCACAGAGUAUGCAUGGCAGAAAUUUAUUAUCUUCUAUGACAGUGAAUAUGAUAUCCGUGGAAUCCAGGAAUUUUUGGACAAAGUAUCCCAGCAGGGAAUGGAUGUUGCCCUUCAAAAGGUGGAAAACAACAUCAACAAAAUGAUCACCACACUCUUUGACACCAUGAGGAUAGAGGAGUUGAAUCGCUAUCGAGACACUCUUAGAAGAGCCAUCCUUGUCAUGAAUCCUGCCACAGCCAAAUCCUUCAUAAGUGAGGUGGUGGAGACGAAUCUGGUUGCUUUUGACUGUCACUGGAUCAUCAUUAAUGAGGAAAUAAAUGAUGUGGAUGUUCAGGAACUUGUCAGAAGGUCCAUUGGAAGGUUAACAAUAAUUCGGCAGACAUUUCCAGUCCCCCAGAAUAUAAGUCAGCGCUGUUUCCGUGGCAACCAUCGAAUUUCUUCAUCACUGUGUGAUCCGAAGGAUCCCUUUGCACAGAAUAUGGAGAUUUCUAACCUUUACAUCUAUGACACGGUGCUUCUGCUUGCGAAUGCCUUCCAUAAGAAGCUGGAGGACCGUAAGUGGCACAGCAUGGCAAGCUUGUCCUGUAUCAGGAAAAACUCCAAGCCCUGGCAAGGAGGGCGGUCCAUGCUGGAGACCAUCAAGAAGGGUGGAGUUAAUGGAUUGACUGGAGAUCUAGAAUUUGGAGAAAAUGGAGGUAACCCCAAUGUCCACUUUGAAAUCCUUGGAACCAACUAUGGAGAAGAACUUGGCAGGGGUGUCCGUAAACUUGGGUGCUGGAAUCCUGUCACAGGUCUGAAUGGAUCACUGACAGACAAAAAACUGGAGAACAACAUGCGGGGCGUGGUUCUACGAGUGGUGACUGUAUUGGAGGAGCCUUUUGUAAUGGUCUCUGAAAAUGUCUUGGGAAAACCGAAGAAAUACCAGGGCUUCUCCAUUGAUGUUUUGGAUGCCCUAUCUAACUACCUGGGUUUUAAUUAUGAAAUUUAUGUUGCACCGGACCACAAAUAUGGAAGCCCACAAGAGGAUGGGACAUGGAAUGGACUGGUAGGAGAACUUGUUUUUAAGAGAGCUGACAUUGGGAUUUCAGCUUUAACCAUCACUCCAGACCGGGAGAAUGUUGUAGAUUUUACAACACGCUACAUGGACUACUCAGUGGGAGUCCUUCUUCGAAGGGCAGAAAAAACAGUGGAUAUGUUUGCCUGCCUUGCACCAUUUGAUCUAUCUCUGUGGGCCUGCAUUGCUGGCACAGUGCUUCUUGUGGGACUCUUGGUCUACCUCUUAAACUGGCUUAAUCCCCCACGAUUGCAAAUGGGAUCGAUGACAUCUACUACACUCUACAACUCCAUGUGGUUUGUGUAUGGGUCCUUUGUACAGCAAGGUGGGGAAGUCCCAUACACAACUCUGGCAACCCGAAUGAUGAUGGGGGCUUGGUGGUUAUUUGCUCUGAUUGUCAUCUCAUCUUAUACAGCCAACCUUGCCGCUUUCCUCACUAUCACCCGCAUUGAGAGCUCCAUCCAGUCUCUUCAGGAUCUGUCCAAGCAAACAGAUAUCCCUUAUGGCACAGUCUUGGACUCGGCAGUAUAUCAGCAUGUCCGCAUGAAGGGGCUGAAUCCUUUCGAGAGAGACAGCAUGUAUUCCCAGAUGUGGAGGAUGAUCAACCGAAGCAAUGGGUCAGAAAACAAUGUUUUGGAGUCCCAAGCAGGCAUUCAAAAGGUAAAAUAUGGAAACUAUGCUUUUGUAUGGGAUGCAGCUGUGUUGGAAUAUGUGGCUAUUAACGACCCCGACUGUUCCUUCUACACUGUUGGGAACACUGUUGCUGACCGGGGGUAUGGCAUUGCACUGCAGCAUGGCAGCCCCUACCGUGAUGUCUUUUCACAAAGGAUCCUGGAGCUGCAGCAGAGUGGCGACAUGGACAUUCUCAAGCACAAAUGGUGGCCUAAGAACGGCCAGUGUGACCUGUACUCCUCAGUGGAUGCAAAGCAGAAGGGAGGAGCCUUGGACAUCAAGAGCCUGGCAGGCGUGUUCUGCAUCCUGGCCGCGGGAAUUGUGCUCUCCUGCCUCAUAGCUGUCCUCGAGACGUGGUGGAGCCGGAGGAAGGGCUCCCGGGUCCCAUCGAAAGAGUUCCAAGUUCUAAUUCAGUGACAUAGUCCUGAAAGAUUUGUCACAUAAAACAUAUGCUCCAGCCCUGCCAAAUGAGACAGCAAUGUCUGAAAGAAGCAAUGCUUGGCCAUUAAGGCCGUGUUUGAAGCUUGGCGGUAAUAGCUGGAAAAACCAGGCAUCCAGCCAUGACCUGCACCACUCUGCACAACUAGGAAGGCCUCUUGAUGACCCAUAAUCUCUACCAGUCCUGGACCUGCUGAGCCCUUACCCACUUGUUGAUUUCAGGACUUCUUUGAUCCUGAGUACCAGGCACUGGUGAGCUGAGACACUAUCUCCUGAAUUUAAAGUCCUUCUUCCAUUCAAGAAGCUGUCUUCACCAGGCUGUAACACGUGUUACACUUGCCCCCAUUGAAGAGUAGCAGAUGACUGCUGCUUUCUGCUACAGGUCCUGAAUCUUGCCUGGGGCAGCCCACUUGUCUGGGAACGAUGAUCCCUGUUCAUCUUGGACUGUAUGUGGACUGUUCACCCACGUGCCCUGGUCAAGCGUACUCACACUGAGGUGCAAGUUUGAAUCACAGUAGUGUUAUCCCCAGUUUCCCCCGUGCAAGAUUCACCUGGGUCCUCAGUCUACUGGUGGACAGAAUACAGGGAGAUGUGAAGGACCAAGGAGAAUGUGCCUUGGCAAAGUUAACCAGAGAAAAAUAGAACCCUCUUCCAGCCCUCACUGAAUCAGUUGUGACUGUGAUUAAUCAUAUUUGCCAUAGAAUUCUUUCCAUAUUACUAAAAUAAUGACAUCUUCAUAUUUACCACAGGUCUAAUUUUCUCCAUGCUAAAAGACAUUGCCUUUACUCAGAGACCAAAAUAUAUACACUUUACAUGGAUUCUCGGCUAAUGGAGAGCCUCUAACUCGAAUCCAUAAAAAGUAGAUUUGUUUCUUUGUAAACAAGGGUCACUUGGAUGCUGUUCUUCACCUUAAGGUUGUGGCGCCUGUGUGUAUCGCCCUUCCACCAAGACAACUGAGUUUUCCAAGGUCUAUUCCAUGUGAACAAUCUCUUACCAAUGAAAUUCUGAAGCAGUUUAUGAAACAUACAAAACCCUUGUGAACUCGGCCUUCGUAAAGAUCUAGCACUGCACUGAAUUCUGGGAAUACAAUGAUUUAGUCAUGUUCUUGCCCUAAGAAGUUUAAAUUCCAAUGAGGAGGUAGAUAAAUCAGUCCAGUGAGUCUAUCUCAGUGAGUUGACAGCCAUGAGAACUGCAUUUCUGCUUCUUGACCCCAGCGAGCCCAGUAUGACUCCUAGAGGACCUUAUAAUACACAAAAUUGAAAGCCAGCAUGCAGACAUCCUGAUCCCUCAGAGCCCUUCUGAGUAGUGACCCAGCACGGGGUUGCUGAAGCAUCGGUUCUAAGCCACCUGACCUGCAAACAAGUUACAUGUCUCAUCAUAGAGCACUUUGCCCUCUCUGCAACCAAGUUGAAAACAUUCCUGCAGUAGCUUACAGGCGAAAAUCAGACUGUGAAGUCAGAAGACAUGUUAUCAUAUUUGGGUAAUGCUAUUCACUAUGACUGAGGGCAAAUCACAUACCUUUGGUGUCUGUCUUUGUAAAGUAAAAAAUAAAAGUGUUAUCCUCUGUUCCUACCUCACAGGGUUGUUGUGAGAGCUGAAACUGUAUGUGAAAGGACCUUGCUAGCUGUCAGCUUUUCAUCACCGUGGGUUCUUCAUCCUUACUAUCAGAUACAAUACCAGCAUUUGUCACAAGGGCAGCCUUCACCUUCCACAGUAGAAUGGUGCAAAGAUCAGGUUUAAGGUCACUCCUUCUGGAUAUCUGGUUUCAACAUGGAAAUGCUAACGCUUUCCAGAAUGUCAGAGGUAAAGUAAAGGAGCAAAGCCAGCCCCCCCCCCCCCCGUGCCACUCAGACACCCACCACUAACACACCGAUGCUCAUGGACCUGCCAGCCUCCUUCACGAAAGACUAUCACUAGGGCUCAUAGAGCAGAGCUUGUCCUUAGGUCCAGAAAACCAGGCAUACUGUGGGAGUCCAUAGUGUCACCUUGGCUACCCAAGGGACCACCAUCCUCUCUAGUGGAGCACAGGCCACCCAAAAUAAAGUAAGGGAUUAUUCAUUAACCUGGAUAAAUAAAAUACAGCUGCCCAUGAUUGCCUGAACGAUUACAAAUGGACUAACAGAGGAAAUCCCUAGCUAUUAAUUAAAACAAGAAUGUGGUGACAUGUUUUUUUUCUUUUAUCAUUUAUACCUCACAGCAACUUAACUUUCAGCAUUAUGAUUUUGUUUGUCUACUCCAUCUCUCUCCAACAUACUGAUGAUAAAACUUGCUCCUGCUUAUAUGUCUCAGAUAUCUCAUUUACACACACAGAGAGAGACACACACACACACAUACACACACACACACACACACAAACACCAGCACAAGUACACUCACAAACACAGGCACAUGAAUGAACACACACACACAGCCACAACCUGUCUUGGUGUAAGGGGGAUACACACAGGCACUACAGCCUUAAGGUGAAGAAAGAACAGCAUCCAUGCACAUGUACACACAUAGGCACAGGGUCACCUGGAUGCCGUUCUUCACCUUAAGAGCAGCAGAGCCAAGCCUGUGUAUCACCCACAAAGACACAUGUAUACACGGAGGCAAAGGCACAUGAACACACAUAUCACAUCACAUCACAUCACAUCGCAUGACAUCACUUCACUUCACAUCACAUCACAGAGCUGUGGAAACAGGGAGAAAAGCCACCCUUUUUUUAAAAAAAUUUUAUUUACUUAAUUUUUUUUGUCUACCUUCAUGGCCCAGCCUGACUGAACUUUACUUCGGAUGACUUAAGAUGGACCCUGAACAGCUGAUUUAAUUUGAGUUCAGUAUCAAUGAAUGUGUCUGAAUCUACCCUAGGACAAACCUGAUUAUCUCAGGCUUAUGCAGAAAUUCACGUAGAAAUCACAGUCUGGUGAAGCCACUGAUACCCAACCACUAUACACCAAAGGAUUCCUCUCAAAGUCCAUGAGCCUCUCCAAAGUUUAGAACAUAGUACCAUAUUUCCCAAGAAUAGCUUACUUUUCUAUCAACAUCAUCUUGGGCCAAUACAACAAUAGUUAUGUACAAAUGAGCUGAUAGAAUCCUACCCAAAA